AUGUCGGCAGAUUACUGGUCGUCGACCCAACGAACAAACUGGCAGGUCACGCGAGAACAGCUAGUUGAGAACCGCCGGCGGCUCGCUCUUCUUGAAAAGAAAAUGAUCCAAAGUGGGCUCAUCAAAGACUACCCGCACAUAAAUUGCGAUGUGAAUAUGAAGAUCUACUUGCACAACUUGAUUGUGAAGCUCGGCCGGCGCUUGAACGUGCGGCAGGUUGCACUUUCCAGCUCGGAAAUAUACCUUUCCCGAUUUCUCACCCGAGUGUCCAUUAAGGAAGUGAACGUGUAUCUUUUGGUGACGACGUGUCUCUACGUUGCGUGUAAGAUGGAAGAAUGCCCUCAACACAUCCGGCUCAUUGUGUCCGAAGCUCGCAACCUUUGGCCCGAGUAUAUCCCGCAAGACGUGAGCAAAUUGGCCGAGUUCGAGUUCUACCUCAUCGAAGAAAUGGACAUGUACUUGGUGCUCCACCAUCCAUAUCGGUCGCUUUUGCAAGUGCGGGACUUUCUCCGCGAGAACGCCAGCGUGUACGGCUUUACGCUUUCCAAUGUCGAGCUACAGCACUCCUGGUCACUCAUAAACGACAGCUACAUCACAGACCUACAUUUGAUAUUCCCUCCCCACAUUAUAGCCAUGGCCGCCAUCUACAUCACCAUCAUUUUGGAGAAACGUCUCAACUCAAUACGGGCACAAGGAUCGCUGGGUAUAGACGCGGAGGGGAAGCAGGGCUCCAUGCAUAUCGAAGAUCUCAUGAGUUUGACCGCCACGAACAGAGAAUCGGAUAUGGGGCUACAGCCGGGAGACAACCUCGAGAGUCAGAGACUGGACGAGGACACACUCAAAAUCGAAAGGUUCAUGAAUUUUUUCAAUCACUCACAUGUCAACCUCGACGAGGUCGUGGAGGCAAUGCAAGAGAUGAUUGGCUUGUACUUUGCAUGGAACAACUACAACGAGAGUCUGGUGCGAAAGGCGUUGCAGUACAUGUUGUUGAGUCGAUAA